UGGAGACUAUGGGCUUUCAGAACUGUUUUCUAAUCACUCAGCCUGACUGAACUCAAAGACCCGAUGGCCUGUACCUACGUGAGGUAAUGAAUGUUAAGUUUAAAUCUCAGUAUUUUCUUCAGUUGAAAGAGGAGACCUACCAUGGAAAGUGCCAACAAGACAGCCUCCAUGACAGAAUUUAUUCUCCUGGGCCUCUCCGCCCACCCAACGCUGGAGAAAAUAUUCUUUGUGCUCAUCCUGCUGAUGUACCUGGUGAUCCUGCUGGGCAACGGGGUCCUCAUCCUGGUGACCCUCCUUGACUCUCACCUGCACACACCCAUGUACUUCUUCCUGGGGAACCUCUCCUUCCUGGACAUCUGCUACACCACCUCCUCAGUCCCUCUGGUCCUGGAUGGCUUUGUGACCCCCAGGGAAACCAUCUCCUUCUCAGCCUGUGCUGUGCAGAUGUUUCUCUCCUUUGCCAUGGCAGGGACAGAGUGUGUGCUCCUGAGCAUGAUGGCAUUUGAUCGCUACGUGGCCAUCUGCAACCCCCUGAGGUACCCCAUUGUCAUGAGCAAGGCUGCCUACGUGCCCAUGGCUGCCGGCUCCUGGGCUGUUGGUGGUGCUGCUUCUGUGGUGCACACAAUCUUGACAAUUCGGCUGCCCUUCUGUGGGGACAACAUCAUCAACCACUUCACCUGUGAGAUCCUGGCUGUCCUGAAGUUGGCUUGUGCUGACAUCUCCAUCAAUGUGAUCAGCAUGGGGGUGACCAAUGUGAUCUUCCUGGGGGCCCCAGUUCUGUUCAUCUCUUUCUCCUAUGUGUUCAUCAUUACUACCAUCCUGAGGAUCCCCUCGGCCGAGGGGAGGAAAAAGGCCUUCUCCACCUGCUCUGCCCACCUCACGGUCGUGGUCAUCUUCUACGGGACCUUAUUUUUCAUGUACGGGAAACCGAAAUCCAAGGACCCACUGGGAGCAGACAAACAGGAUCUUUCAGACAAACUCAUCUCCCUCUUCUACGGGGUGGUGACCCCCAUGCUCAACCCCAUCAUCUACAGCCUGAGGAACAAGGACGUGAAGGCUGCUGUGAGGAACCUGGUGAAUCAGAAACACUUCACUCAUUGAUGUUUGGAGAACAGACGUCCCUGUUGUUCUGUGACUCUUGGCUUCCUUCACAUACCAAUCUCCCAAAGAAUAUACAUGUAAAGAGUAAUCACCAGAAAAUCAAAUUAUACA